AUGGCUUCGGGUGACCACACAGGCUCGAGCGUCGAGCUCUAUGAAUCUGGAUUGACCGUCCGUUCAGACUCGGAGAAUUAUUCAGCCAACAAUGAGUUAUCCGAGUCGACGUCGAGUUCUCCUCUGAUCCUCUACAAACCCCCUACGAUCUGGAGUAUUUUGCGAGGCGCCGCCAUCAACCUGGUUCUUCCCUUCGUGAAUGGACUCAUGCUGGGCUUUGGUGAACUAUUUGCACAUGAAGCAGCCUUCCGCCUAGGAUGGUCCGGCACAAAGGUACUGUUCCCUGAUCAGUUUCUGCUAUCUUCCCUACCUAUCGGAGAACAGUCGGUCCUGGUGUGGAGGUUCGAGAAGUUCCGUCACGGAGGAGUAACAGCUUGUGAGACACGGCGUCUUUGGAAUAAGACAGGUGCUGGAAGCUCACUAUCAGACUCUGUGACCGCGCUCACACUCAAAAGCACAACAACAGAAACAGAAUUGUUAGCAAGAUUCUUUGGUUAUCUUUUACUACAGCAGGAAACGUAUACGUGGGGAUUACAAAUGUCGGUAAAAGCCUGGGGUUCUCCGGCCGCCCGGCAGAAAAAACGGGCUUGGCGCAAAAAGUCCGAUCAAUCGGCCGUUGUCGCGCUUCUUCCCUUCAGGAACGCUAUUCCCAGUCCGUACUUCGACUUUUGUCUCUCCGUUGGCUCUAACUGCAAUGAUGCUGGGAGGAGCUGGCCUGAAAGGGCGUGGCGCUAUGCCUGCCAUUGCCCGGCAGCGAUUGACUGCCUUCUCACGCUCCAGUCGAUCGGAAACCUGUCCUGGAGGCCUGCCUCCUCCAUUCAUCAUGCGUCGGCCGCACGAUUCAAUUCCACCGCUUCCACUGCCUCUGCUUCGACUGCCACUGCUGCAACCGCUGUAGACACGGCCGUACCCGAACAAGCAGCCGAUCUUUCUGACUUUGACAUCAACGCCAUUCCCGAGAAGAUUGGAUACUUGAAAGACCUAGGACUCGACUACGGCUGGGGCCCUUCGUCCAUGAUUGAAUACUUCAUCGAGCAUUUCCACAUCUGGGCUGGUCUGCAUGCGGAUGUCUCCACCAAAAUCCACAAUCUGAAAGACGUCGUGACACCUCUCCGAGCCAAGAUGGCGAAGGCUGCAAAUGAGAAGAGACAUACGGACAUGAUGCAAACGAGAGCAGAGCUGCAGCAACUCCACAGUGACCAUGGCAUUAAGUUCUACAAGACAAUGAUACCGUUCAUUCAGCUUCCUUUGGGUUUUGGUUGUUACAGAGUUGUCAAGGGAAUGACUUCUUUGCCAGUACCCGGGUUGGCUGUGGAGUCUGUCGGCUGGAUCAAGGAUCUCACGGUUGCGGAUCCGUAUUUUCUGCUUCCAGCUGCUACAGCAUUUGCCAUGUAUCUGUCUUUCAAGAAAGGCGGAGAGAACGGUAUGAACCAAAUGGCGAACUCACCCGUCGGCAGAGCUGUUCUGUACGGAAUGCCUGCCCUUUCUUUCGCGUUCAUGUCCUUUUUCCCUAGUGCCCUUCAGCUUUACUUCCUCUCGACCGGUUUGUUUGCUCUGGGGCAGGCGUACAUGCUUUCCUCUAACAGCUUCCGGCAAUUUGCCAACAUUGCCAUUCCCAAAAAGCCGGCAGAAGCCACCGCAAUGUCGCCAGAGGAGCAUGGCCGAGCCAUCCGCAUGAUCCUCGACACCCAGGAAGCGGAUAAGAAAAUGGAAGUGCCUACAGUAGAGGCGGCCCAGAAUCUUAGCUUCGUCGACCGGACGCUCAACAGCGUCAAAAAGAAUUACGAUAAUCUUACAACUGAUGUGAAGGGAAAGCUGGACUCAGCAAUGGGUAACGAGCCCACGAAGAACGCAGACGGAUCACUGGCCGAACCCCCUCGGCUCAGCGAGAAGGACCGCAAAUUAGCGGCAGACUACGAGCAGAGGAGGAAGGAAGAAGAAGACUGGAAACGGGAGGAGAGAAACCACGCGCGGCGAGAGGCCCACCUCCGAGCUCUGGAGCUUGAAAGGGAGAAGGCCCGUUCCGCAUUCAAAAACUCCAAGCAAAGGUGA